UCGAUGGCGUCAAUGGCGCGGAGCGUGGCCAGGCGCGAACGUCGCGUGGCGACCGGAGCCCCGAGGGGAGGCGGAAGUGGGCCAGACGCACGAGAGCCAACACCCAGCUUGAGCCACCGCCCCACUCUCGCCUCAUCUUGCUUCCACACCACACCAUCAAUCACGACGACCAUGAGCAAUACCCAGUCACAUCAGGCACUUGCGCCGCUCCGCAAUCAAGCAAUGUCGCACCAACGCUAGCACAGCCCGACCGUCAUGCUGAGCAAGAGCAAGCACUCGCCAUCACCGCCCACUCGCGCCCAGCACACACGCUCAGCACACGCUCAGCACCUGCAAUCACCUGCCCUGGCCAGCACAUCCGCACGGCGACGGCUCAUCUGCCAGCAAGAACAAAGACAAGGCCAGCGAGACGGGCUGUGUAGCAACUUGGCUUCGCUCCAUCCACUCCUCGCCACUCGUCCUCGUGCACCUCAUCGCACCAUCUCACACUGCUGUCGCUCUUCUUCCACCUCGCUCGACCUGUACCACACCGUCCACCUGUCCGUCUCUGACCGCUCGGUGCCCGGUCUCACCGCGCCGUGCUGGUAUCGAAUCUCCACUCGGUGUCGACGACUCAGCACGCCGUCUCUCCCUCGCCUGGAGUCCGCGACAAGCUCAAAGUCUAGCAACGGCCUGCGCACCGGUCUGUGCACCGACCUGCGCACCGACCUGCGCACCGGCCGAGUCAGGCCUGGCGAGGCAAGGCUAGGCACACGUGCUUCACCCUAUCGCACCUCCUUUCUCUUUCACGGCCUUGUCCUCCCACGCGCCGCGCGCACGUCGAAGUCUGUCGCUACUCCAAGCUUCCAAGCUAGCCAUCAAGCUCCAUCUGUUCAUCAACUUGUACCAGCAGCACUCUCCUACCGGCUCCCCCACCGUGCUCAGCACCUCAUCCGUGGCUUCAUCGCGUCACCCUCGUCACCUCGUCGCACCACGCUCGUGGCUUCCGUAGGAGCUGGUCAAGCCGUCCUGGCGUCCGUCAAGGUCACGCUGCUCGCAAAAGGCACGCCCGUGUUCGGGCAUUAUAGCGAGUCAGUACGCGACACGGCGCCAACGCCAACACCACGCUGCCUAGCUUCACGCCUCCCAGCUCUCUGCGCCAUCACGCAGAAGGCACGGCUGAACGGCUCAAGCCCACGAUGCGUCUCGCAAGUCUCGACGGUAGACACCUUCGACGCUCGCAGGCUCCUCCACGGCGACGGUCUCGUUAUCAAUGACAGAGCAGAGACUUACUGCGACAUUGAUACAUUGAUCCGGAGCUCAAGAAGGGUGAUCAAGUCUUCUCCUCUCACGACGUGGAGCUCGACUACCUGCAGUCGCCCGCCAACGCGCAAACCUCUGGUCGCCUCCACGCCGCCCUGCAUCGUUGGCACACACCCUCACGCUCUCUCACUACAGCCUGAGUCGCGACAUGUCAUCAACGACGGCUAGCACCGACGGUGGCAGCCCAGCCAGCUUCGCUAUCUUCGCGCUGAGGCAGGGCACAGAGCCACCAUCAAUGACUCUGCUCCCCCUCGUCUCCGUCGGCACUCAGCGUGGCUACCCGAGCUCCUCACUAUCAACCUCGAGUCAACGGCGAAACACCUCUCUGAUG